AUGAUAGCCUUUUUAAAUAUUACAGUCCAAUGUAAUCAUGAUCGUAGAAUUUGUCGUGAAUUUGUUGGAACAUAUAUCAAGCACGAACUUGAAGAUAAUGGAAAUGUUAGAAUUUCAUGUCCAGUAGAUGGUUGUGCUGAAAUAUUAGAUCAGUUGGAUGUAAAAAAAUUCGCAAAUGAAGAAUCAUUUAGACGGUAUGAAAGAUUUACACUAAGGCUUGCAUUAUCCAAAAUUUCUACCUUUCAUUGGUGUCUAAACCCAAAUUGUGAAUCAGGACAAGAUCAUUAUUAUGGAGACAAACUUCCUAUAAUGACCUGUAAUUCAUGCGGGCAAAAAUCAUGUGUUGUGCACGGACAUCCGAUUGACACUGCGUGUAAAGAAUGCACACAACUACUGGAAGAUGAAGUUAAUCGGCAAGAGGAAGAACAUAGGUUAGCAACUCUUCGAAAUGCUGAGAGUGCAUCCGAAGCCUAUGUGAGUCAAUUAAAACAAUGUCCAAGUUGUGAGAGAAUGUGUGAUAUUGAUCCGGCAGAUAGAAACAAGGGCUUUAUUUGCGGAGGUUAUUGUGCAGUGGGAGUUUCAUUGAUUAUCGAUAGUGACGCCCCAAUUUUCUGGUAG